AUGUCUUCCAUGUUCAACUACUUUGGCUUCAAUGCCCCUGCCUCCAAGGAGGAUACUAAAGCUGCCCCCGUUCGUGCCUUGCCUGCAUCAUGGUACACUUCACCGGAGAUGUACGAGCUGGAGCGCCGAGCUAUAUUCUCGAAGAGAUGGCUCUUCAUCACCCACAGCAUGCGGUUGAAGAAAACCGGCGACUGGCUUCGUUACGAGCUUGCAGGUUUCGAUUUCAUCAUCACUCGUGACCGACAGGGUGACAUCAACGCAUUCCACAACGUGUGCAGACACCGUGCGUAUCCGGUCGUUGAGAAAGAGGGUUCAGGAAAUACCCAAAUCCUCGCCUGUCGAUACCACGGCUGGUCUUACGGACUGAAUGGAAAACUCGCCAAAGCUACAAAAUACCAAGAGUUGAGCAACUUCGACAAGGAGCAGAACGGGCUUUACAGAAUCCACCUCAAGGUCGACGCUAAUGGCUUUAUCUGGGUCAACAUGGAUGCGAAUGAAGUCCCAGAAGUAUCAUGGGAGGAUCAAUUCCGCGACGUGGACAAACAAGAACGCUACAAAGCCUACAACUUUGACAACUACGAUUUUGACCAUGGUUAUGCGCUUGAAGGCGAAUACAACUGGAAGAUCCUGGCCGAUAAUUUCAACGAAUGCUACCACUGUCCCACGACACAUGCCGAUAUUCCAGAAUUCCUCAACCUUGAGUCUUUCGACAGCGAUCUCAAAGAUGGACACAUCCAACACCACUGCGAGUCCACACCAGAGCAGAUUGAGAAGGGUCUUUACACCGCCAGUACCUACUACUUCCCCAUGUCUGCCAUGGUUGUCUCGCCACACUUCAUCAUGGUCCAGAAAUUCCUCCCAUCAAGCCCCAAAAGCUCCAAGAUGGCCUACGAAGUCUACCGAAACCGAAACUCCUCCGAUGCCGACUUCAAGCUUAUCAGUGAUAUGUACGCGCGUGUCAUGGGAGAAGACAAAGUCCUCUGCAACAACGCACAGAAGAACCUCGACCGAAAUGUCUUCACGAGUGGCGAGCUUCACCCCAAGUAUGAGAAGGCGCCGCUGUUCUUCCAGAGCACAGUCCGCGAUGUCGUCACAGAGCACUUUGAGCGUGAGAAAGCCGCGGGACGAGAGAUCUGGCCGGCGAAACCGAAAGUAGCAUGCAAUGCAGAUGUUAGUGAGAAGGAUGAGGAGAUUUGUGCUUCUCUGGCCUGUGGACCGCAGAAGGAGGUUUUGGCUUGGUGA